UCGCCAAGGACUCGCCCCACUAUAAACGCCACCAUGAUGUGACUAUAAAAGGAUAUGGCUUCGGUUUGGUCAAGUAUAAAGCGUUCAACAUAUAGGCCAAAACAGAGAACAGGGAACCAAGAAUGGCAGUAGUAGUACCAGGGGUCACUCUAAGCUCUUGUGAUUUAACCAUGCCGGUGAUCGGCAUGGGAACUUCAUCAAGCCCCCCUGUUGCUCCAGAGACCACGAAGGCUGCCAUCAUUGAAGCUAUCAAAGCAGGCUACCGUCACUUUGACACGGCCUUUGCAUACCGGACUGAGCAGCCUUUAGGUGAAGCAAUUGCCGAGGCCUUGCGUCUUGGCCUGAUAAAGUCCAGAGAUGAACUCUUCAUUACUUCCAAGCUAUGGAGCAGCUUCGCUGAGAAGGACCUCAUCGUGCCUUCCAUCAGAAUGAGCCUUAGGAAUCUUCAAUUGGACUACAUUGAUUUGUACCUUAUACAUUGGCCAUUAAAAUUGAGCCAAGAGGUUCGUCAAAUGCCUGUUAUAAGGGAACAUAUAUUUCCCUUGGAUAUCAAGUCAGUCUGGGAAGCAAUGGAAGAAUGCAAGAGCCUUGGCCUAACAAAGGCCAUUGGAGUAAGCAAUUUCUCUUGUAAGAAGCUUGAGGAGCUCCUCUCCACUGCCAAAAUUCCCCCAGCUGUUAACCAAGUGGAGAUGAAUCCACUAUGGCAGCAAAAGAAAUUGAGGGAGUUCUGCAAGGCAAGGGGCAUUCAUGUCUCAGCAUUCUCACCAUUGGGUGCAAACAACACUAAAUGGGGAGACAACAGAAUCUUGGAGUGUGAUGUGCUUGGAGAGAUUGCAAAGGCCCAAGGAAAAACCACUGCUCAGAUUUCCUUGAGAUGGCUAUAUGAGCAGGGGGUGAGCUCCAUAGCAAAAAGCUUCAACAAUGAGAGAAUGAAACAGAACCUUGACAUCUUUGAUUGGUCUUUAACUGAAGAGGAGUCUAACAAGAUAAGUCAGCUUCCUCAACGCAAAGGAAUUACAUUUGAAUCUAUUUUGGGACCUCAUGAUUUGGCGCUUGAGCUCGAUGCUGAGAGUCUAGAUGAUUGCUGAUUAGGAAAUUGUGACUCACAUGCCGCACUUCCUUUUCUCCACUAGGAUCUAUGGUUUUUUGCGCUUCACAUAUAUCAGUAAAUAAUGAUGCACACUUACAAUAAGAUAUAACAUGAUGGGUCUGUUUCCAUCAUUUUUCUCAGUUCAUGAAAGAUUUACAGUCAGUGGGCAAGAGGAAAAGCAGUACAUGUAAAAACGGUGCAGCUAUAUAACUAAUGAACUAAAUAUAAAAUCAAGGACGAUUAUUCGCAUAAUGUGUUGGAGCAAAUGGGGUUUAGAUUAAAUUUAAGGAAUUUGUAUAAAGCGUUAGGUUUUUCAGAGAAGAGUGAAGGGCUCUGCCGGUUAGGAAGAAAAAGAAAGAAAGAAAGUAACAAGAGGCCCCUGGGUUGUUUUCUACGGAGGGUUUGAGCCACGAAGCCCUUUGCUAGGUGGUCGGAUGUUCGAUGCCUACAAAGGCGCGUUUCAUUUUGGAAGAAGAGAAGAAAAGAAAAGGGCUCAAACCCAACUUUAAAACAUGUAGAUUAGGUUUUUGUUUUUUAGAUGAAUCUAAAAUCAAUUUCGAAUUUCAUUAAGGAGAAUUAAUGUAAUAGAUAACUGAUCGCACCUCGACAAAAAAUUAUUGAUGGUGAUUUUCAAAAUGUUGCAUCUAGAGUGAUCAGGU